CCUGUUUUUUUUUUACCAUGGAAACUCUAAAAACAUCUGAAACUUCUUUAUUAACCAGAAUCUUUACUUUUAUUUCUCAGUAGACAUUUUUAAAAGAAGCAAGAAGGUGUAAACCCAGGAUCAACCUUUUUUGUGACUUUUCUACAUUCUGAAAUUUCUUCACCUGGAACUGUUUUCUGUUUUGUUAGUUACAUUGCCUUUAUCCUUUUUUAAAAUGAGUCCAUUGAAGUAAAUGGUAGGAACAUGUGACCCUGAUCUUUGUAAGGUGAUGAGCUGAUGCAUCACAAGGGAUUACAUUUUUUAGAUGUAUUGCAAGGAAGAUUCAGAGGGACAUCAAACUCUACAAACAUAUCAGCUCACAUUUCUGCUGCAUACUGGGACAUUUUCCCGCUUCUGUUUUUAAAGAAGACUGUUUAUUCUGGACAUUGUCACCGUGCAUUUUAGGAAGUUUGUUUUGUGCGCUUAAAGAUGUUCAAGCGUCGAGAUUAUGUGGAACUCUACGAGAAGGAUCAGGCAAAAUGGGCGCUGGUGCGAAACGUCAACACUGUGACCAAACCCAGUACACUUCUGCCGGGCGACUAUGUCUGGUUGGACUUGAAGACUGGUCGAGAAUUUGACGUUCCCAUCGGUGCAGUGGUCAAACUUUGUGAUUCCGGACAGAUCCAGGUGUUGGAUGAUGAAGGAAAUGAGCACUGGAUCUCACCGCAGAAUGCCACCAACAUCAGGCCAAUGCACCCCACCUCCAUCCAUGGUGUGGAGGACAUGAUCAGGCUGGGAGACCUGAAUGAGGCUGGGAUUCUCCGCAACCUGCUCAUCAGAUACAGAGAAAAGCUCAUAUAUACGUAUACAGGCUCCAUCCUGGUGGCCGUCAACCCUUAUCAGCUGCUGUCCAUCUACACCGCCGACCAGAUCCGCCUCUACACCAACAAGAAGAUUGGUGAAAUGCCUCCACACAUCUUUGCAAUCGCUGACAACUGUUACUUCAACAUGCAGAGGAACAACCGAGACCAGUGCUGUAUAAUCAGUGGAGAGUCUGGAGCAGGGAAAACGGAGAGCACCAAACUCAUCCUGCAGUUCCUGGCCGCCAUCAGUGGUCAGCACUCCUGGAUAGAGCAACAGGUCCUGGAAGCUAACCCUAUACUUGAGGCUUUUGGUAACGCUAAAACCAUCCGUAAUGACAACUCGUCUCGUUUUGGGAAAUACAUCGACAUCCACUUCAACAAGAGGGGAGCUAUAGAGGGAGCCAAGAUAGAACAAUACCUGCUGGAGAAAUCCAGAGUGUGUCGACAGGCUUAUGAUGAGAGAAACUAUCACAUCUUCUACUGCAUGCUGAAGGGUAUGACUGUAGACGAGAAGAAGAAACUGGGGCUGAGCAAAGCCACCGACUACACCUACCUGACCAUAGGUAAAUGUACAGUUUGUGACGGGCGAGACGAUUUGAAAGAAUACUCCAAUAUUCGUUCUGCAAUGAAGGUGUUGAUGUUCACAGAAAAGGAGAACUGGGAGAUUACUAAACUACUGGCUGCAAUAUUACAUAUGGGGAACCUACGAUAUGAAGCUCGUACUUACGACAACUUGGAUGCCUGCGAGGUUGUCCGCUGCACUCAUCUCACUACUGCUGCUACACUACUUGAGGUGGACUGCAAAGAUUUGAUGAACUGUCUGACCAGCAGAACACUGAUCACCAGAGGAGAGACGGUGUCCACCCCACUCAGCAUGGAGCAAGCUCUUGAUGUUCGAGAUGCUUUCGUUAAGGGUAUUUAUGGGCGCUUGUUUGUUUGGAUUGUGGAGAAGAUAAAUGCUGCCAUUUACAAGCCUGCAUCCUCACAACCCAAAGCUCUCAGACGUUCAAUUGGACUGCUGGAUAUCUUCGGCUUUGAGAACUUCACUAUCAACAGCUUCGAGCAGCUGUGCAUCAACUUCGCCAACGAGAACCUGCAGCAGUUCUUUGUCCGUCACGUCUUCAAGCUGGAGCAGGAGGAGUACAACCUGGAAAACAUCAACUGGCAGCACAUCGAGUUCACCGACAACCAGGACGCUUUGGACAUGAUCGCCAUCAAACCUAUGAACAUCAUCUCGCUCAUUGACGAGGAGAGCAAGUUUCCUAAGGGAACAGACACCACGAUGCUGAACAAGCUCAACUUCCAGCACAAACUCAAUACAAACUACAUACCACCAAAGAACAACUACGAGACUCAGUUUGGCAUUCAGCACUUCGCUGGAGUGGUUUACUAUGAAACAAGAGGUUUCCUUGAGAAAAACAGAGACACUUUAUAUGGAGACAUCAUCCAGCUGGUUCACUCCUCCAAAAACAAGUUCAUCAAACAAAUCUUCCAGGCGGAUGUUGCUAUGUUUCUGUGUGGGUAUGCUCCUGGUGCUACAAUGCUCCCUAAGGGGGCAGAAACCAGGAAACGCUCUCCUACUCUGAGCAGUCAGUUUAAAAGAUCUCUGGAGCUGCUGAUGAGAACUCUGAGCGUCUGUCAACCGUUCUUUGUUCGCUGCAUCAAACCCAAUGAGUACAAGAAACCCAUGCUUUUUGACAGGGAGCUUUGUGUACGUCAGCUGAGGUACUCUGGCAUGAUGGAGACGAUUCGUAUUCGCCGUGCUGGAUAUCCCAUCCGCUACACCUUUGUGGAGUUUGUAGACCGCUACAGGGUCCUCAUGCCUGGGGUUAAACCAGCGUAUAAACAGGAGGACCUGAGAGGAACCUGUCAGAGGAUUGCUGAAGCGGUGCUUGGCAGAGACGACGACUGGCAGAUGGGAAAAACCAAGAUAUUUUUCAAGGAUCACCAUGACAUGCUGCUGGAGAUCGAGAGAGAUAAGGCCAUCACAGACAAGGUCAUCCUCAUUCAGAAGGUUGUGCGAGGUUUUAAAGACAGAUCUAAUUUUCUGAGGUUGAGGAAGUCGGCCGUGUUGAUCCAGAAAACAUGGAGAGGCUAUCUCUGUAGGAAGAACUAUGGAGCUAUGCGAGCCGGUUUUUCUCGCCUCCAGGCUCUAGUUCGUUCCAGGAAGUUGUGUGCAUCGUACCACGUGGCCCGUCAGCGAAUCACAGGUUUCCAGGGUCGCUGCCGAGGCUUCUUGGUUCGUCGGGCAUUCAGGCACCGGCUGUGGGCUGUCAUCACCAUCCAGGCCUACACAAGAGGCAUGAUCGCUCGCCGGCUGUACAAGAGACUAAAGGGCGAGUACCGCAGGAGGCUGGAGGCCGAGAAGAUGCGUCUGGCUGAAGAAACAAAACUAAGGAACCAAAUGUCUGCGAAAAGAGCGAAGGCUGAGGCUGAACGCAAACAUCAGGAGCGACUGGCCCAGCUGGCCAAAGAGGAUGCUGAGCAGGAGAAGAAGGAGAAGGAGGAGGCCCGGAAAAAGAAGGAGAUGGUUGAACAGAUGGAGAAGGCUCGGAUGGAGCCUGUCAACGACUCCGACAUGGUAGACAAGAUGUUCGGCUUCCUGGGGACGACAAACUCUUUGCCCGGCCAGGAAGGACAAGCACCUGCUGGAUUUGAGGAUUUGGAGCACUCCCAUCAUGAGCUGGUUGAAGAAGAUCUGGACGAGGCCCUUCCUCUCCCUGAAGAUGAUGAAGAGGAGGAUUUAUCGGAGUACAAGUUUGUCAAAUACGCAGCGACCUACUUCCAGGGCACCACCACGCACACUUACGUUCGAAGACCUCUCAAACAGCCACUGCUAUUCCACGACGACGAAGGAGAUCAGCUGGCUGCUCUGGCCGUCUGGAUCACAGUGCUGAGGUUCAUGGGAGACCUGCCGGAGCCCAAGUACCACACAGCGAUCAGCGAUGGAAGUGAGAAGAUCCCCGUCAUGACCAAAAUCUACGAGACGCUGGGAAAGAAAACCCACAAGAGGGAGCUGCAGGCGCUGCAGGGGGAAGGGGAGACAUCUCCCUCUGAAAGCCACAAGAAAAACAGCGUUCGUCACAAACUGGUUUCCCUCACCUUGAAGAAGAAAUCCAAGAUCACGGAGGAGGUCACCAAGCGCCUCAAUGACGGUGAGUACGGUCUCCAUGGCAACAGCAUGUUGGAAGAUCGGCCGACCUCCAACCUGGAGAAACUUCACUUCAUUAUUGGGAACGGGAUCCUGAGACCAACACUGAGGGAUGAGAUCUACUGUCAGAUCUGUAAGCAGCUGAGUCAGAACCCAUCCAAGAGUUCUCAUGCCCGCGGCUGGAUCCUCAUCUCGCUGUGUGUUGGCUGCUUCGCCCCAUCAGACAAAUUUGUAAAGUACUUGAGAAACUUCAUCAGAAGCGGGCCGCCGGGUUACGCUCCAUACUGUGAAGAAAGGCUGAGGCGAACAUUUGUUAACGGGACGCGAACACAGCCUCCAUCUUGGCUGGAGCUGCAGGCCACCAAGUCCAAGAAGCCUAUCAUGCUGCCCGUGACAUUCAUGGAUGGCACGACUAAAACGCUGCUGACCGACUCGGCGACCACGGCCAAGGAGCUCUGCAGCUCCCUGUCUGACAAGAUCAAUCUGAAAGACCGCUUCGGGUUUUCAUUGUACAUCGCGCUGUUUGACAAGGUCUCCUCUUUAGGCAGUGGGAAUGAUCACGUGAUGGACGCCGUGUCACAGUGUGAGCAGUACGCAAAGGAGCAGGGUGCUCAGGAGAGGAACGCCCCCUGGAGGCUGUUCUUCAGGAAGGAGGUCUUCACACCUUGGCACAAUCCUGCUGAGGACCAGGUUGCAACAAGCCUCAUCUACCAGCAGAUUGUCAGAGGCGUCAAGUUUGGAGAAUACCGCUGUGACAGGGAUGAUCUGGCAGAGCUGGCCUCACAGCAGUAUUAUGUUGAUUACGGUUCAGAGAUCCUUCUGGAACGCCUGCUGAGUCUCAUCCCAUCCUACAUCCCAGACAGAGAGAUCAGCACUUCCAAGACGGUGGAAAAAUGGGCUCAUUUCAUCAUGGCUGCACACAAGAAGGGUAUUUACGCCCAGAAGAGGUUUGACCCUCAGAAGGUGAAGGAGGAAGUGGUGGACUUCGCUCGCCACAAGUGGCCUUUGCUGUUCUCCCGUUUCUAUGAAGCCUUCAGGUUGUCAGGUCCCAGUCUGCCUAAAAAUGACCUGAUCGUUGCUGUUAACUGGACCGGGAUUUAUUUUGUUGAUGAGCAGGAGCAGGUCCUCUUAGAGCUCUCCUUCCCAGAAAUCACAGCAGUUUCCAGCAGCAGGGGAGGAAAACUACAGGGACAGAGUUUCACUUUGGCAACUAUCAAGGGAGAAGAGUUCAACUUCACCUCCAACAACGCAGAGGACAUUCGUGACUUAGUGGUGACCUUUCUGGAAGGUUUGAGGCAGAGGUCAAAGUUCGUGGUUGCCCUGCAGGACAACUCCAACAUGGCUGCGGGGGCAACCUUCCUGAGCUUUCUGAAGGGAGACCUGAUCAUUUUGGACCAGGACACGGGCGAGCAGGUCCUCAACUCUGGUUGGGCGCAUGGCAUUAAUGAGCGAACCAAUCAGAGAGGCGAUUUCUCAGCUGAUUGUGUUUAUGUUCUGCCAUCCAUGACACGUCCCCAGCAAGAAAUAGUGGCGCUGGUUACCAUGACGCCAGACCAGCGACAAGAGUCGGUUCGUGUUUCUCAGAUCAUCCUACCAGAGACGGAUGACAGACAGAAACCCUACACUCUGGAGGAGUUUUCUUAUGACUAUUUCAGACCUCCUCCCAAACACACUCUAAGCAGAGUGAUGGUGACCAAGAAUCGUGGGAAAGACAAGAUGUGGAGCUGCACCAGAGAGCCGCUCAAGCUGCCACUGCUGAAGAAGGUCGUCAGCCACGAGGAUCUGGCACAGGAGGCCUGCAUGACCUUCAUCGCGAUGAUGAAGUACAUGGGCGACUACCCGUCUAAACGGACGCGCUCCGUCAACGAGCUAACAGACCAGAUAUUUGAGGGAGCUCUGAAGGCCGAACCGCUAAAAGAUGAAAUUUACUGUCAGAUCAUCAAACAACUCACUGACAAUCAUGUCAAGUACAGUGAGGAGAAAGGCUGGGAGCUGCUCUGGUUGUGCACUGGUCUGUUUCCUCCCAGUAACGUUCUGCUGCCGCACAUCCAGCGGUUCCUUCAGUCCAAGAAACACCACCCACUCUCUGGAGACUGCAUGCAGAGGCUGCACAAAGCUCUCCGUAACGGAUCCAGGAAAUAUCCCCCUCAUCUGGUGGAAGUGGAAGCCAUUCAACAUAAAACAACCCAGAUCUUUCACAAAGUUUACUUUCCUGACGACACGGAUGAGGCAUUUGAGGUGGAGUCCAGCACCAAGGCGAAGGAUUUCUGCCAGAACAUUUCCACCAGACUGCUGCUCAAAUCUUCUGAAGGAUUCAGCCUUUUUGUGAAGAUCUCAGACAAGGUCAUUAGUGUUCCAGAGGGAGAUUUCUUCUUCGACUUUGUCCGACAUUUAACAGACUGGAUAAAGAAAUCUCGACCAGCUAAAGAUGGAAUCAUUCCAUCUUUGACGUAUCAGGUGUUCUUCAUGAAGAAGUUGUGGACCAGCACAGUUCCAGGGAAGGACUCGUUCGCCGAUUCUAUUUUCCACUAUUACCAGGAGCUGCCCAAGUAUUUGCGUGGCUACCACAAGUGUUCUCGGGAAGAGGUUUUUCAUCUUGCAGCGCUUAUCUAUCGGGUAAAGUUCGAGGAUGAUAAAUCCCACUUUUCUUCAAUUCCCAAGAUGCUCCGUGAGCUGGUUCCCCAAGACCUGAUCCGCCAGAUGUCGACGGACGACUGGAAGAGGUCUGUAAUUGCAUAUUUCAACAAACACCCUGGAAAAUCGAGGGAAGAAGCUAAGCUGAUGUUCCUGAAGAUCAUCUAUAAAUGGGCGACCUUUGGCUCCGCCUUCUUUGAAGUUAAGCAAACCACAGAGCCAAACUACCCAGAGAUUCUGCUGAUCACCAUCAACAAGCAUGGAGUGAGUCUGAUCGACCCAAAGACGAAGGACAUUUUGACCACCCAUCCCUUCACCAAGAUCUCCAACUGGAGCAGUGGGAACACCUACUUCCACAUCACCAUUGGAAACCUGGUCCGAGGAAGCAAGCUGCUGUGUGAGACCUCGCUGGGUUACAAGAUGGACGACCUGUUGACCUCUUACAUCAGUCAGAUGCUCACCAACAUGAACAAGCAGCGCUCUGGGCGGGGCAACAGUAAGUGAACUUCUUAUUGGCAGGAGGCUGCUGAGCUCAUCCGCCUGCUGCGUCCCAUUGGUCAGCACUGCAGCUGGGGGCGGAGCUUUGCCCACCAGCUGUGGUGGAUGAGCCGCAGUCCUUCUGCAUAUUCGGCGGGAUCCAACCUCACCGAGAAGAGUUCGCCCCCGAGCAGCGAGGACCCCGGUGAAGGCCCCAGUAACUGUUACCAGUACAGCUAUGAUGAUGAAGAUGAGCCAUCCAGUGAGGAUGACUAUCUCUGAGACCUAUCCAUCCCCCUCCGUUGUUCUCAGGCCGCUUUCCACCCUGGUUCAAAACUGAAUUCCCUUAACACAUCAGUACAGUUUCUUCUGUAUUUCGUGGUUCAUCAGUUCAGGUCACCUCAAAUACAGACAGUAUAAUAAAACAUGCAAGUGAGACAUAACUGUGGGUCUAAUCUCUCCUGUAAAGGUUUUAUUUCUAUGUUUUAACACUAGAGCCACCAGAGGGCGACAGUGAACCAUAAUAGUUGUUUUUUCAUGCCGAACAAAACAUUUAGAGGCUUAUUAUACAUGUUAAGUUGAAUUUAAUUCAACAGUGAAAGAAAAUAAGUUAUGUUAUUACUCCAGGCUCUUGUUUUAGAUUGUAUAUGCUUAGAUAACUGACAACGUUCACAAAAAUGACAGCAUGUUUUGUCAGGUUUAAAAUUGUAUUAGAGCAUGUAGAGUAAUUGUUGAUAAUGUAAUGCCAGAUCUCUCUGUCUCGUGUUUUUAAUGCUCCACCUGAGAUCAAAAAACAUAAAAACUGAAAAAUAUCAAGUUUCUCUUUUCUCAGAUAACAUUCUGGGGCAGCUUUGAGUUUGACCAACUGGAUCAAUAUGUGAUUGCCUGCAAAGCGAAUGAGCUGCAUGUUAUUAAAUAGAGGUCCAGACCCAGUAGAGGCUGAUGUCUGCUGCACUGGUUGUGAUGGUUGAUCUGAUGGAAUAUAUAAGGUUAUCUUAGCUCUGUUAUACACUAAUAUUAAUCACUGAACACCUCUCCAGAUUCCUUCGUGCUAAUCAGCCUAACUACACUAAUCUAAAUCCUGUGUCCUAAUCUUCAGAAAUGCAGCCAAAAUUUGUUUUACAUGAUUUGUUAUUUUGUUAUAGGUGUUAUCACCAUCUAUCAGUCAAACUAUAGUUUAUAGGCUGCGGCCAUUUGUCCAGGUCCAUAUUGCAGUGGAAACCUGUGAUUCUUUGAAUAUAACUAGUCUUGUCAAAAUGGUGGAAACGAGUACAAAUUCAUUUAUAAUGAACUAUUUUCUAAAAAUUUUGGAAAAAUCUGGAAUUUAACCCUCCGUCUUCUAGACCCACUUCUUCCGUACAGCGUCACUGGAGAGCAGGUGCCUAUCUCUAGCAAGAGGCAGGGGACACCCUGGACAGGUUGCCAGUCCAUCGCAGGGCAACACAGAGACGCACAACUAUGUACACACCCACUCAUACCUGAGGGCAAUUAAGAGACCAAUUAACCUAACAGCCAUGUUUUUGGGCUGUGAGCAGAAGCUGGAGUACCCAUGCCUCUGCAGAGCUGAAUGACUGAAUGGGGAUGAGGGAACAUUUGAUUCAGGUCUGCUAGAGAAGGGUUGCAGGAUAGUAGCUCUCAAGGACUGGAGCUGGUCACCCCUGCUUUACUGUUUCCUGGGUGUACGUAAUUUUUCAGGUUCAUCUUCAGAUGAAACAAUGACACACUGGGCUUUGUGGUGUGGGGUUUUGCACAUUUGAGGUCAGAUUUGAAAUAACUUCAGAACCUCAUGCAGACCAGAUAAUUUAUUCUUAGAAUUCAUUUGAGGGCGCGCUGCACGGUGGAGCAGUUGUCUGCUGCUAUGGAGCGAGAAGGUCCUGGGUUCGGAUCCCGUCUGGGUCUUUCUGCAUGCUCUUUCUGUGCACAUGUGGAUUCUUGUACUCUGGCUUUCUCUCACGGUCUAAAAACAUGUUGGGUUGAUCGAUCACCCGAGCUUGCCCUUAGCUCUGACUGUUUGGAUAUCUGGCUCUGUCCUGUGGGGUCUUUGUUGCCCUGUACAGCGUGUACCCUGCCUUCAGUCCCCAACUGCUGGAGAUGGGCACCAGGAUCCCGCAAGGAUAGACGGGUAUAGAAAAUGGAGGGAUGAUCUGAGGCUGUUCUUAUUUCCCAUGAGGUCAUGACAAAUUUAAGGAGAUGAUAGAUAUUUUAUAAAAAGUAUGAGCCAGAAGAGGCUGAACAUGUGCAGAGGGGAAGAUGGACCUCUUGAGAGAUCUAGUGUUGGUCUUUGUCCUUAAUAUAAUAGACACGGCAGAUGAGCAUAAAAACAUACAGUCCAACAAAUAAAACUACAACUUGAAUCUGUGGGCAGUUUAACCACAUUUCUCUCAUUUUAGAGCAUAUUUAUUUUAACAAAUUCUCCUUUCAAAAAGAGUUUUAUUGAAAAUGUUUCAAAGUUUGAAAGUGAACAUUUGUAAAGAACAAAAGGGUCAAACUGUUCAGUGCCUCACCCCAGCCCCGUCAUACAUGUAUGAUGAAAAAACUGUUAACAUGUAGUUCAGAAUGAACAUCAGAAAAAGGGCAGGGCAUCUUAAAUAUAUUUGUUUUCCUACAAGCUGUUAUUUUUGUUUUUCAUUGGUAUCUCCUUCACAUUUAUGGGUUUAAUCUUUGAAUAAUAUUAAUACAAACCGCUAUAUAUCAAUGUAUUGAUGUGUAGCUGCAGAAACAUCUGAUGCAUUAAGAGUCGAAGCUUUUAGAGCUGAUGGACAACAUGUGCAGCAGUUAUUUGUUUUACACAUUUCUCUUUUAAUAUGUUUUCUACUUAUUCCACCUUUAUAUGAUUAUCUGGCGUUUGUGAUUAAGACGACAUUCUGCAUCUUUCCAUUGUUGAUACAGUUCUGUAACAUUCUGGUCAUUUUAUAAAGAAGUUUAAACCUCCAA